GUAAAACUGAAAAAUGCCCAUAAAUGCGGAAUCCAUUGGCAUCACCGGAGUUGCUGGCCGGUUUCCCAAUUGUGCUAACGUAGUAGAAUUGGAAGAGGCUCUUUUCAAAGGCAUAGAUUUAGUGUCCAAUAGUCACAACAGGUGGUCAACUGAAGCUCUGAAAACAUCACCACGACUGGGAAUAAUUCACGAUUUUCCAUACUUUGACGCGGCUUUUUUCGGAAUAAACCCGAAAGAAGCAAAUACCAAUGAUCCGAGGUUAAGAAAAAUCCUCGAAGUAACUUAUGAAGCUCUUCUCGAUGCCGGUCUAAAUCCGACAGAAUUACGCGGAAAAAACGUCGGUAUAUUUCUGGGAGUUACCCAGAACGACAUCUCCGAUUUAAGCUACAGGGGUGGAAUCAUAGCACGUUCUGCUGCCAUUAUGGCAAACGUGAUAUCCUUUUGUUUCGAUUUCAAAGGACCAAGUUUAGCUGUAAAUACGGCAUGUUCUAGUGGAUUCUACGCUCUGACAGACGCAGUGGACAACAUUUUAGCUGGACGAUGCGAUUUAGCGGUUGUCGGUGCUGUGCAGCAUCAGUUUGAUCCGGCCGAAAGUGUUGAGUUGAUAAAGAUUGGUGUGUUACACGAAGAAGGAAUUUGUAGGUCAUUUGAUGCCGACAGGAAGGGUUAUGUAAAAUCUGAGGGUGUCGCAGCCAUCGUAUUGCAGAAAGUUGAAGAUGCGAAGAGGAUCUAUGCUACUUUUGCCGGUUUAGGGACCAACGUCGAGGGUUUUAAAAGGGACGGAUUUGCGCAUCCGUCACAUGCAAUGCAAGAAGUCAUGUUUAGGGAGACGUUUAAAAACUUCAAUUUAGAUCCGUUGGAUGUGAACUAUGUUGAAACUCAUUGUACUGGUACCAGAGUUGGAGAUGUUGAGGAAGUGAUAGCAAUCGAUGACUUUUAUACCAAGGGAAGAAAGAGUCCAUUAUUAAUUGGUUCCAUUAAAAGCAACAUCGGGCAUACUGAAACCACUUCGGGACUCGUUUCCAUUAUUAAAACUAUCCUCGCUAUCAGGGAAGGUGUCAUUCCAGGGAACUUGCGAUUCAAAUCACCAGAUCCGUUAAUGAGAGGAAUUCGUGAAGGACGAUUAAAGGUAAUUGAUAAAAAUAUGCCUUUGCCGAAUGGUCUCAUAGCCAUAGACUCUUUUGGUUUCGGUGGGGCGAACGCGAUGGUUAUUCUACGACCAUACUCUGAGAGAAAACAAAUCACAAAUAAUUUAAGCCACCGCCUGGUUAUUGUUUCCGGAAGAACCGAAGAAGCAGUUCAAGUGAUGCUUGAAGCAGCGGUCAAUCACAAAACUAACGCAGAAUUCUUAUCUCUGAUCGACAGUAUUCAUUAUAAAUCUAUUGAUAAUCAUAAUUAUCGUGGUUACACCGUUUUAUCUAAUGAAAGUCACUACGGUAUUAACCAAGUCUCUUCAAAAAAACGCCCAAUUUGGUACGUCUUCGCUGGUUUUGGUUCACAGUGGUCCGGGAUGGGCAAAGAUCUGAUGAAGUUCGAUGUUUGUAGAAAUACAAUUAAAAAAUGUGCUAAUGCUCUUAAACCUUAUGGUGUCGAUCUCGAAGAGAUUGUAGUUAACGGAAACGACGAAACAUUAGACAAUAUGGUUAACACUUUCACUGCCAUUACCGCAGUAUCAAUAGCGCUGACGGACUUGCUAACGUCUUUAAAUAUUGAACCUUCUGGUAUUAUUGGUCAUUCACUUGGUGAGAUUGCUUGCGCGUAUGCAGAUGGUUUAAUAACUGCCGAACAGGCUGUUUUAAUGUCCUAUGGCCGAAGUAACGCUACUACAACCUCCAACUUAACUCCUGGGUUGAUGGCCGCUGUUGGCCUUUCUGUAGCGGAAUGUUCAAAACUGUUGCCAGAAGGUGUAUACAUUGCCUGUGAUAAUUCUGACGAAAACGUUACAGUUUCGGGGCCAGAAAAAAGCGUAACAGACUUUUUACAUCAACUUAGUGUUAGAGGAAUUUUCAACAGAGUGAUAAGUAACUCGCACUACGCACUUCACUCUCCACACUUAGCACCAGCUGGUCAAAAAAUGUAUACUUUUAUUAAGAAAGUCUUGCCUGACGUUAAAUCGAGAUCUAAACGAUGGCUUCCUUCAGCACUUCCAGAAUCCGAAUGGAAUAGCGAGUUAGGAAAAUAUAACUCCGCUGAAUAUCAUUUUCACAAUUAUUUAAAUAGGGUACACUUUAGACAACUUUUAACACAUAUUCCCAAAGAUGCCAUUGUCAUAGAAAUAGCACCUAGAGGUCUACUGCAAGCAAUUCUCAAAAGAGCAUUAGAUCCAAAUGUCGCAUUGUUGUCUCUACUUAAACCUGGAGUUGAUAAUGUUGAUUUCUUGUUAUCAGGCAUCGGAAAGUUGUAUAACAGUGGAGGUCAACCGGAUCUGAAACAUUUUUAUAAACCGGUCAGCUUUCCAGUUAGUAUUGACACACCAAUGAUCUCAAACUUAGUUAAGUGGGACCAUAGGGUCAAAUGGCACUCUCUAAGAUUUAAUCCUAGCGGAUAUUACGGGUGUCGUCAGGAAAUUGACAUGAACGACCAGAAUAAUCAGUAUUUGGAGGGACAUAUGGUUGACGGUAGAUUGAUUCUUCCAGCUGCAGGUUACAUUUACCUAGUGUGGCAAGCAUUUGCUAGAAUGAUGGAAAUACCACUUACGAAAUGCUCUGUAGUGUUUGAAAACGUUAAAACUUUGAGACCUAUCUUGCUUCAUACGAACGAAACAUCUGCAUUAAUUGUAAAUAUUUUCAAAUCAACUGGCAACUUUGAAAUUUGCUUGGAAAAUGACGAAAGGAACGUACUUUCAAGUGGAAGGAUAUUAGUUCCAGAACAAAUCGAGAAGGAAUUCUUAGAUUAUCCAGUUGUUCCUAGAACGAAUCAAUACAAAAUUAAAAUCAAUAGCGACGACUUUUACAACUGUAUGCAUUUGAGAGGUUUCGACUAUAGUGGCAUAUUUAUGGGUGUCCAGCAGUGCGAUAUUGAUGGCAGAUCUGCGACUUUGAAAUGGAACGAUAAUUGGGUAGCUUUUAUAGAUAGUAUGGUUCAGUUUAUUCUAAGUGUAGAAACUACUGGUCACAGUCUGCCAACUACAUUCGAAAAGAUCGUUAUAAAUCCAGAACAACACUUAAAAUCAUUAGAUUCAAAUUCUGAGCUAGAAUUGAAUUAUAACAAGUACUUGAAAGCAGCGAGAUGUGGUGGAAUUGAACUUAGAAGCGUUGUAGCAACAAAUGUUAAGAGACGAAUUAUCGACUCACCACCAACUUUGAGAAAAUAUGCUUUCGUUUCAAACACCGAUACACAAAAGGAAGCUGAUCCUUAUCACCACGCUCUUGAUGUAGCCUCUCAAAUUGUUGUGGAAAAUUGUACUGAAGGUUCGAAUAUAUCUAUCGCAGAAGUUGAAUCAGAUGCUGGACUACAAAUACUGAAGACUAUAAUUGAGAGAGUCAAUUUGAAGAAAACCGUUUUUGAACAGCUUAGAUCACUCGACGAUAAAAUUAGUAAUAAAUAUGAUUUAUUAGUUAUGCAAGAAAUCAACAAAGACAAUAUCAGUGAUAGUACGCGAAGGGCUAGAUUUGUUUUUGGUAAAGUCCAGAAUCUUGAUGUGGAAGACAUUGAGGUGGUUUAUCAACACGUUACUAAAUCUGGAACAUACGCUUUAAUUAGACGCACCCAGAUUCUCCCGGAAAAAUAUACUGUUGUCGUGGCGAGCAAUACCAACUACAGUUGGGUAAGAGACUUAAAGCUAGCAGUCAAAAAGUGUCAGUCAACUAACUCCAGAAUUUACCUAAUUAAUGAAGACUUUAAUUCUGGUAUCGUUGGACUCUUUAAUACAAUGCGACUCGAACAGUAUGGUCAUAAUGUGCGACUUUUCCUCAUUAGAAGCUAUAAAGAGACCGAACGAUUUUCUUUUAAAUCAAAAUUCUACUUGGAGCAACUGAAGAAAGAUUUAACAGUUAACAUUUACCAAGACGGUUCUUGGGGUAGUUACCGUUUGUUGCGUUUACCUUCUUUUCAACCACGUUUGUACUCUGACGCUUGUCUUUUGAAAGAUGUAAAAGGAGUACGAUGGAUACAAAAAUCUCCUUACCUAACUAACAAAGAAAUUUCUGUUCACUAUGCUAGUCUAUGCAACUGGGAUCUGACUAUGGUUGGUGCAAGGGUUGGUGUUGACUCAAAUGAAGAACGACUUGGUUUGGAAUAUUCUGGUAUCGACAAGAAUGGAAACAAUGUGAUAGGAUUGGUCCAAGGAGGUGCUAUAGGUACUUCUGUGUUAGCUCAUCCGAAGCUCACUUGGAGUUUUCCAAACAAAUUGUCUCAUGAAGAAGCCGCAACAAUUCCUGUGGCGUACACUCUUGCUCAUUACGCUUUGUUUAUUGAAAGUCAUUUGUCACCCAAAGACUCCAUUCUAGUUCACAACUGCAGAAAUGACUUUAGUCUAGCAGCAAUCGUUUUGGCUGCAGCCAGAGGUUGUACUGUUUAUGUAGUAGUUGAACCUUCCGAUAGGGACUACGUGAAGAAAGUCUUGCCCAAGAUACAGAACGUUAAUAUAAUUACCCACUCUGACAACAGUCCAUUUUAUGAAACUUUAAUGAAAAAAACGCAAGGUAGAGGUGUCAAUACAAUUCUUAACAGCGGGUCUCUAGAUAUUCUUAAAUUAUCAAAGAAGUGUACCGUCAAACAUGGACGUUUCAUCGAAAUUGGCAACACCACUAUCGAUUUUAUGUUGGAUGAUAGCAUCUCAGAUACAAAUUCUUCGAUAUAUAACAUCAAUAUUAAUGACAUUUUCGAAGAAAAAGACGACAUUUUGGACAUUAUUUCUGCAGACAUGAAUAGGUACUUAAAGGACGGAAUUUUGAUUCCUCUCAAAUAUUCAGUUUAUGAUAAGAACGACGUAGACAUUGCUUUAAAGCACCUGGAGGAAAAAUAUCAUUCUACAAAGUGUUUAAUCAAAAUAAAAGAGAAUGGACGUUUCUUUUCUAAACCUGAGAUUCGAGUUCUUGCAUAUCCACGCACUUAUAUGGAUCCAGACAAGUGUUACGUUAUAGUUGGAGGUCUUGGUGGUUUCGGCUUCGAGUUUGCCCGAUGGUUGAUACAAAGAGGUGCCACAAAACUUAUCCUAAAUUCUCGACGAGAAGUACGAUCCGGUUACCACGCUUUGUGGCUCCAGAAGUGGAACAAUCAAGGAAUUACUGUAGUGGCCAAUACCUUUGAUACGAGUACUAUCGAUGGAGCUGAAUGUCUGUUAAAUUUUGCAAAUAACUUAGCUCCUGUCGGUGGAAUUUUCAACACUGCUUUGCAUAUCAAAGAUGAUGCUAUGGUAGAUCAAACUCCAGAAGACUUUGCUCUUGUAGCAUCGAAGAUUUAUAGCGUUCAAAACACUGACAUGUUGUCGCGAAAACUGUGCAAGAAGCUGGAGUAUUUUGUUAUGUUUUCAUCGAUUGCCUCCAGCAUAGGUAACGAGUAUCAGUCGAAUUAUGCUUUUGCUAACUCUGCCGUUGAAAGAAUAUGCGAGACCAGAAAAGCCGAAGGACUACCAAGUAUGGCAAUCGAGUGGGGACCUUUGGCUGAUGUUGGUAUUUUAGUUCGAUUGAAGACGAACAUACAACUUUUGGAAACUCAGCGUCAAAAGCUCGGGUCGUGUUUAGAAGCUGUGGAUCAGUUCCUCCAAUUAAAUGAACCAGUUUUCUCGAGCUGUGUGUAUGGUGACCCGGCAACUGAAGUUAAUGAGGUGAAGAGUGUGACGGAAGCUGUUGCAAAUCUGUUUGGAAUAAAGGACGUGGAGGAAAUCGAAGAUACGAAAACUUUGCUCGAGUUGGGAAUGGAUUCACUUCUUGGCUUUGAAAUUAAGCAUAUUUUGAACAAGGAAGCUGGAUUAGAUGUAACUGUUAAUGACAUCAGAAACAUGACUUUCGAAACGAUCAAAAACCUGUCUAAAGCAUAGAGUCUGUACUGUCAAUGGAGAAUACUGGGUA